AUGAGCUCUCAACCAGCUAUCCAGGGUAGCCCUUCGGUCGUGUCUAAGACACCCUUGCCAAAAUAUGAGUACCCGCCUGAGACGGGGAAACAGCUGAAUUACGCGGACCUUGUUAGCCUAGACCUCUCCGAGUUCGAUCUUCCGGGAGGGAAACAAAGGCUAGCAGAGCAAUUGAAGGAAUCUGUGCAUAAAGUCGGCUUCUUCUACGUCACCAACAUCGGCCUCUCCCAGGACCAAAUUGACCAACAGUUCGCCAUCGCCAAAGCAUUUUUUGCUCUCCCGGAAGAGGAGCGACUCAAAUACCGGGCCCCGUUGGAAGAAGGAAGCUAUAAUGGGUACCGACCCCUAGGAGCGGUCGACAUCAGACCCGGUGUGAAAGACACACUGGAGUUCUACAGUAUCUUCAAAUGCAUCCCAGAGACCGAGCGAACACAACCGGAAAUCAUCCGAGAAUACUGGACCGAGAUCGAAAGGUUUUCCCGCCACGUGCACGAGCAUAUAUCUUUUAAACUCCUACAGCUACUAGCAAUCAUGCUCGAACUACCCGAAGACCAUUUCCUAGAGUCCCAUCGCUACGAGGAUCUCUGCGACAGCUCCAUCCGUUACAUGUACUAUCACGCGCGGUCGAAGAAACAAAACGAGGUGUGUCGGGAUAUCUACUUUAACGGACACACGGAUAACGGCAGCAUGACGUUCAUGUUUCAACAGCCGAUUUCUGCGUUACAGGUGCAGCGCAGUCCGGAAUCUGACUGGGAGUAUCUAUACGUACCGGCUGGAACAUUGGCAGUCAAUUUGGCCAAUGCAUUCAACUUUUUAUCAAAUGGGUACAUGCAGUCAGGAUUCCAUCGGGUGAUUGCGCCUCCGGAGGAUCAGGCGCACAAUGACCGACUAGCAUUACUUUACUUUUUGCGGCCGACGGAAAAGUUGAUUUUGAGAACGUUAGAUACCCCUUUUCUGCAGAGGGAAGGGUAUGGGAAGACAACCACUGAAAAUGAUUUGGAGAUCUCGUGGCAUGAGAACUGGAGAGACAAUGUGAGAAGCCGGGGGCUGCGGAAUUACAAUAAAUGA